AUGAAGCUAGUGGUGGAGUUCAGCGAGAAACCAAGCUGCUAUGCAUCCUUGCACGACAAGGAUGCUUCCGAGCUUUUUCGACCGCCGAGACGGGAGUUUUGCAGAACUUUGCGGCUCCAGCGUGCAGACGGAGAUGUAUUCGUCGGCUGGGUAGGUGAGCAUUCCCUCACCCCUGGCAGAUUGGUGCUUUCCAAACCAUUUGCAGAAUGCUUGGGCUUGGAAGAAGGAGAGCAGGUGGAUGCUUUCCCUCACCGAGCUCCCACUGCCACAUCUGUCAUGGUACAGCCGAACAGCAUCGAUGACUGGGAGGUCGUCGAGUUGCAGGCAAGCUUCAUUGAAGAGAACUUGCUGUCGCAGGUGGCAGUGCUUAUGCCAGGACUGAGCUUCCCGGUCUGGGUCCAUGGACAAUUGAUUGCAAAGCUACGCGUUGAUGCAGCAGAUUCGAAUAAGUCUGCCUGCUUUGUGCUGGGUCGCGACACGGAGCUGGCGAUCGAGUCGAAAAGGCGUUCGGUGGAUGCAGUUCCCAUCAUGGGGGACGGCGCCGAGACGGCAGCCUUCGCUUCUUUCCGUGUCAUGUCUUUGGAUGAGGAGUCCUCGACCCCUGCAGGCAGAGUUGCCAAGGAGGAUUUGGAUGACUUCUGUGGAGGUGGCUCGCAGAGUUGUCUUGCCUGGCUCAUGCCACCCGACGCCACCUCAACGGGAGAGAGAAGGCCUGCAGCUUCUGCACCUAGUGCACACUUGUUGCGCCUCACAGUGGACGUCAAGGUUCCCUGCGGACACAUCGCCCUCAGCGCCUGUUUGGCCACCUGGGCGAGGAUUCCAUGUUUCAGCGUGGUGAAUGUCUGCUAUUGUCACCAGGUGCCUGUGUUCAUGCCACACAUUGAGCUGGUGCCCUGCUAUCCAGAGCACUGGGUCAACGGAGCCGUUGUUGGUUCUGCUGCUCGAGAAGAUGUUUGUUGGAUCCGAAGACGUUUCGAAGCCCUCAUAAAGUCCUGCGAGGGAGUGCGGGCCCCAGUCAUUGAACACUGCGUCGAGGGUGGAAGAUGUUCGACUCUUGGUCUUCAGCCGAAGGGCUCGAGAUGCGAAAAUGCAGUUGCAGCCUAA